UGGAAUAUAGGCCCAGAGGAAGCGCCAUAAUGCUACUGAUACCACCAUCCGAAAUGCGAAGGACCGCAGAGGCCUUUACUAUCUAUCGCUGGGUGAAGUAUGAGCGAUAGCGCAGAGCAAAACGCUAGACGCUAUGGCGCAAGGAGUGUCUCGUCGACGACGACAACGACCCAUGGCCCCAUCAUAACCACGACUACUUCUACGACGGGCGGUUCCCGGCCUACCGUGACGACAAGUGGCCCGCAGUCAAUCACCACGGCGCAUCCGACUGUCACGACGAGGCACCAGCUCCCUCGCCCAGCGCCCACAUCUUCUGCCGCGACCCAGACCGAGCGCGCGCCCGAGCGACGUCCCUCAAUCCCUUCGAUCCGCAUACGACGGCAAAGCGCGGACCAAUCCACACAGUUGGGCGAGGAAGACGGCUGGUAUGGCAAUCGCAGAAGGAGCAGCUCGGAGCCGCAGCGGCCGCCCCUGGCCCUGCUCAAUCCACACGACGACUUGGAGAUACGGCGGCAGAUGACGGCCACUCCGCUGCAGACGCUGCAUGAGGAGCGCUCGUCGAGUUCUGUGCCCCGGCUGCUAGCAGUCCCGCCAUCGAUUCCACAGCGGAGCGCGAGAAGGCCGGGGCUCGCGAGGCAGGCUUCAGCGAUCAGCAUCCGCCAGCCAGGCCAGGACGCGCUGGAAUACGGGGCCCGGGUGGUGGACAUGCUCGAUGUCAUUGACCCCGAGGUCUCCACUCUCACGACGCUCAACAACGUCCAGAACUCGCUGUUCAUCCCCAAUCUCGGAUGGCUCUACGACCGCCGGCCAACCUACCAGCUCUCCCAAUCCCCGCCCAGUACAUCCGACGAAGAGGCGGCGCUCGAGCAGGAAGAAGCCGAAUUCGAGCAGCCGACGGAAGGGACCGAUGAGGAGCGGACGGGGCAGGAGCGACCCACCGCGACUCGACUGGCAACCACCAACACCAUCUCUUCGGUCCUCACGGGCAUGUCCGAAGGGCACAACUACGCCGUUCUGCCCCACGGAGCGAGGCUUCCGGGCUGGACAAGAGACGAGAAGGAGAUGCUCAACGACCAUGUACGCCACUUGAUGCACUCGCGCCGCGCCAAGUUCAAGCGCGGCAUGCGAGGAUUCGGCCGCUACGUGCGCAAGCCCGUUGGCUUUCUCGUCACGCUGUAUGCCUUUCUGUUGACCUUUUGGGGUGCCGCUUGGGUGCUCUUCCUUAUCGGCUGGAUCAGCGCCGGCGACAGACAGGUCUACUUCAUCGAGAUCUGCGACCAGAUUCUUACGGCUUUGUUCUGCCUGGUCGGUAUUGGUAUGGCGCCGUGGCGCGCUAUCGAUACGUACCAUAUGAUCUUUGUCGCCCACUACGCACAUCUGACGUGGAGACUGAGGAGAGAGCGCGGAUUGCCUGACCUGGAGGAUCGCAAUGAACUGCCGGCCCGCCCGCCUACGCAUGCCUGGGAGACCGGGGAAGAAGAGAUGAAGGGCGAGACCGAGGCCGAGGCCGAAGGCGAAGAAAGCGUUCUGACAGCCGCUCAGCAGGCGAAGCUCGAGCAUCAUCAGGACAAGCUGGCUAAAUCUCACACCUUCUACAAGCCUCACGAGACGGAUACGCAUCUCGCCUUCUCUAUCCGUCUCUUGAUCGCUAUCGUCGUUCUCCUUGAUUGCCAUUCGUUAUUCCAAAUGGCUCUAGGAGGCACCACUUGGGGCAUUUAUUACAAAGACCGUCCAAAGGCGCUAACGGCGGUUAUCCUCAGCUGCAGCAUCUCCUGCAAUAUUUCGGCCGGUAUAGUCAUCAGUGUCGGCGAUAAGAGGAGCCGGAAGAAGUUGGUCGUCGAGCAGAUGUUUAGGCAGGAGUUGACUGAAGAGGCCUUGACCACGCUUAAAGAGAAGAAGGGCCUGCAGGCAGUGGGACUUGGGAGGAAAAAGAGCAAGAAGAGGAAGAAGGGCAAGCGUUGAGAGGGCGUGCGCUGUGGAUAGGCGAAGGGAGUUCUCGACGUGCACGCGGCUUGAUUCGCUAGUAGUUUUCUUUCCUGCGUG